AACUUACAAUACAACCCUCAAACCACAAGUUUGUAAGCGAUAGAAGCUACAAAAUCUUAUUUCAUAACUUAUUCAAACUUGUCAAAUUUAUAGAGUAAAUUUCCGAUAGCUACUAGAAAACAGCAAAUUACCGAGACGGAUUUCGACUUUUUAGCAACGAAAAACUCAUUUAGCGACAGAUUUCAGCCUUUUAGGUACUCAAACUGUGUGGCAAGAGAGAAAAUGGCAAGCACCAGAUUGAUUUCUAAAACUACAGUAAAAGCACAGAGCCACACCAGCCCAUCUCAGAAAAUUCCUUUAACUCCAUGGGAUCUCCGGUUCCUUCUGACUGGUCCCAUUCAAAAAGGUCUCUUUUUCCGCAAACCCAAGAAUUCAGAUAAUCCUUCAGUACUCAUCCAAACCCUAAAAUCCUCCCUUUCUCGCACGUUAGAUAUCUUCUAUCCUUUUGCUGGCCGCUUGGCGACCGUUCAAAAUGGUGACAUGACCUCCUUCUUCAUCAACUGUAACAAUGCCGGUGGUGCUCUGUUUGUUCAUGCUGUUGCUGACGGUGUAACUCUUGAUAGCAUCAUCAACGCCGUUUACAUUCCGAGUAUAGUCGGCUCGUAUUUCGCCUUAAACGGCGUGAACAAUCACCAGGACGUUUCGAAGCCGUUGCUUGCGGUACAAGUUACUGAGCUCGAAGAUGGUCUUUUCAUUGGUUGCACUUUGAACCAUGUGGUUGCUGAUGGUACAUCAUUAUGGCAUUUUCUCAAUUCCUGGUCGGAACUCAACCGUGAAGGUUCGGUUAACGUUUCGAAGCCACCGAUUCUUGAUCGUUGGUUUCUUGAUGAUGCUCCUGUUGAAAUCCGAACACUAACCGAUAAAGAAAUGUAUCCUGAUAAGUUCAUUCUACCGCCUUGGAAAGAAAAAUUCUUCCAUUUUACCAAGGAGAUAAUCGGUGAGCUGCAAGCUAAGGCGAAUGCUGAACUUGGCAGCAACGAAAUAUCAUCUUUACAGGCCCUACUGGCUCAUCUGUGGAGAUCCAUUGUUCGCUGUCGAAAUUCUGAACCUCAUCAGGAAACUUGUUACGGAAUACUAAUAGGCGCAAGACCGAGGAUUUUACAUCCAGUGCCAAUAUCGUCAGAAUAUUUAGGAAACGCGAUUCAAGCUGCAGCUGUAAGUUCGAAAUCAAAAGAGCUAGUCGAGAAUGGAAUCGGCUAUGCAGCUUGGAAACUGAACAGGUUGAUCGCUGAGCAUACCAAAGAAAAGCUGACGAAGUUUUUAAGGGAUUGGAUGGAGAAUCCGAAGCUGUUAAGUUUGAAUAAUAUGAUGAUGAAUACAUUGAUGACGAGUAGCUCGCCAAGAUUUAAUGUGUAUGGCAAUGAUUUUGGAUGGGGAAAACCAAUUGGAGUAAGGAGUGGAGAAGGAAACAAACGUGAAGGGAAAAUUACAGUUUAUCCUGGAAUUGAAUUCGGAAGUAUUGACAUUGAGGUUUGUCUUUCGCCAGAGAUAUUGCUGGCUAUGGAAAAUGAUUCGGAAUUCAUGAGAACUGCAGCCUCACCAUCAGUGAUCAGUGCGUGACGAAACCUUGUCUCCUGGAGGAGAAAAAGCGAAAGAACUAUCAAUUCGAUGCCAUGUUCAGGGUUUUGAGAUAUAAUUUAAAGAGGCUGCAUUUCUCGAAGCAGUGCAAACAAACGAUUGGCAAAUACUAGUAACAACAUGACGCUUUUUGUUCUUCCUCCAAAAAAAUUCUCUACUGCUUUUGGUACUUAUGAUGGCAAGAUGAGUGAGCAUUUUCUACUGCACGAUCUAUAAUUGCAUCAUUUACCUCAAUUUUUUAUUAUCUUAAUUAGUUCAAGACUGAAAUUAUCAAUCUUUCAUGUCAUUUUUCAGAUUCAUUAUGCAGUGUUUGAUCAGUUCAUACACCUGGUUUUCUUAAGCCUAAUUACAUCUUCUUUGUAUAUUUUAACUUUUGCAUGAAAUCAUUUGCACUUAAGUAUGUCAUAAUAAUAAAUUCAUAGAGCACAAUAUGCAAAAUGAGAGAAAUCUGAGUAUAUUCAUUUGGUAUUGUAUAUAUAUUUGUUUAUGUACAGUUUGUUGUAAGACUAUAUGCUACAAAAUUUUGGUAGAAGCAAUCUCCUAAUGAUUUAGACUAUUGAGAACAGAGACUCUGAUUUUCACCAAUCUUCUAUACACACAAUCUAACUCUUCCUCUGCUUCUUUAAGGCUCAUCUACAAUGCCUCCAAUUCUUUCAGAAUUGUUUUACUCUGAUUGCUGUCACUGCUAGACUUGAAGAUGAGCAGCUCAGCAUCAAUUUUUUCCACCUCAUUGGCUACGAGUUCCCCUUGGCAUGAUGCGUUCUUCGGUUGCAAAAGUUUUGAGAAAAUAGAGAGCUUUGAUUUUGACUUUGGCUGAGAAAUGAAGGAUAAAAUGGAUUCAAACAUCGAAACACUAAUUUCCUCUACACCUUUUAGCAACACUACAAUCUCUGAGUUACUUUUGCUGUUCUUGUCUUGUUUCUUGAAAUUUCUGAGAUAUUUGCAGAUCAAUUUAUUCAGUGUUUUUCUUGAUGUCAUGUAUGCCUCAACUCCGUUUCUACUUCUUCGGAGAGAUAAUUCAAGUCCUUGAAGACACUCCCUCAUCUGUGAGAAAAAAUCUCUGGUGUUGCUGCACAUAUCCAACAAACUCAAGGAUCCAUUCAAUGCCUCUUCUACAGAGUUCUCAUGGGAAAGAGAUUGUUGGGUGAGUGAUAGUUGAAGAAAAUCAUCAACACAGUCAUACAACUCUUUUAGGCCAGAUAGUUUUUGGCCUAUAGAUAAGGAUGAUUGUGAUGUGUUAAGCUUGUAAAGUUGCUCCUCUAGACUUACAGUCAGAGGAUGAGAUGUAGAGGGCAAACUGAUUGAUCGAAUAUGAAAUGAAGCCAUUUGUUUUUUCU